AUGCCUAUCUUAUCACUAUCUUCAACACGGAACAGCGUGUUAACAAGGAUAUAUGACUACCUUAAAGCAUUAGUGCAGCAAGUGAUUGUGCCCAAUGUGGAAGACGACAAAUCUUCGAAAAGUACUCCUUUCGAAAAGUUAGAACCUGCGAAACAGAACCAUCCACAGAAAGACUGCUGUGCUACCGAAAAGGACGAUCUGGUUGACGUGAGCGAAUUAUUUCCCAAACAGAACAACAAACAAUUGAGUCUAACAUCAAAAUCUUCAGUUGUACCCUGUGCUUUAAAUUUGGAUAACCUAGAAACACCUUUCUCAAUUAAAAUUGAUAAUAAUGGUGCAGUCACUACACAGUUGAACUUGGACGAACCGAUUUUACGGGGCCCUAGCCGCGGCGAGCCAGCAAAGUUACAGAAUGACUUGAUAAGUUCUCCCCCGCUAGAGGAAUCCUAUAUCAAUAAUGACCAGUACAAAGCUCUUUUCCCCUCUAAUUUCCUUCCAAUCACGCCCGUAAGUAGCGUAAUCACUCCUGCAUCGAAGAAAAGUAUUGAUGAAUCUCCCCUAUCCGAUGAGGUUCAAGGAAUUGCUGAUGAGUCAUCCGAAACUUUACCAUAUAUAUGUCACUAUUGCGAUGCUAGGUUCCGAAUCAGAGGUUACUUAACACGACACAUAAAAAAGCAUGCGAAAAGGAAGGCCUAUCACUGUCCAUUUUUUGAUAAUAGCAUUUCGCAAGAAUUGCGAUGCCAUACUUCUGGGGGGUUUAGCAGAAGAGAUACCUACAAAACACAUUUGAAAUCUAGACAUUUCACUUACCCAGAAGGUGUUAAGCCUCAGGACCGUAAUAAAUCACCUGGAGUGUGCACUCAAUGUGGGGAACACUUUAGCACUAGUGAGAGCUGGGUGGAAAACCACAUUGAGGCUGGGAGUUGCAAAGGUUUACCAGAAGGCUAUUCAGAGGGAAUACGAGAGAAGAAAAAGACGUCUAAAAUGAAAAUGAUAAAGACUUCGGAUGGCCAAACAAGGUUCAUCUCAUCCGACGAAAGUGUUUCCGAACCAGCUUUACAAAAUAAGAAUUGUAUAGAAGCGACAGUAAUGCAGUCCAAGGAACGCCCUAAUGACAAGAUCAUACCAACCAAAACCGAAAAAAACGAUUUUGGAAUAGGCACUCAAUGGUUUGAACGCAAACAAAUAUCAAGACCUACACAAACUACACAAUCAAGAGGACCUACAGAAGUCCAAAAUCUCAAAGAGUGGUCAAUAAUAUCUCCCCCAAUUUUGUCACCCCAAAAUGCAUCUUCUGUACCACAAGAGUAUCAAUCAUCAAGAUACACAUUGCAUAUGGAUUCUCCAGCAUUAUCCUCUGCCUCCUCAGCGCUAUCUCCACUUUCAGGCGAUCCAAUAACAACUACAGAAACAAAUAAGUCAUACCCAUUGGAUUCAGAGCAAUCGUUGUUGGAGCCAGACAAAACCGAGGAGGACGCAAUCAAUCAGUCAAAGGAAAGCAAUAUGAUUUCCAUUAAUGAGAUGUUACAGAAGCAAAUGGACUUUGAACUUCUGGGUGAGAAUCAUUUGAAGGAGACUCAAGAUUAUCUGGCCCUUUACAAAAAAGCUUAUGGGAUAGAAUUUUAA